AUCAAUAAUAAAUAAUUUUUGAAAUACUUCGACUAAGAAUAAUCACCAAUUUUUAUUUUCAAAAACAGUAUUUUAAUUUAAUUAAUCAUCUUUAGUACAGAUCAAACUCUAUUUAAAUUAUACAAAUAUAGAUGAAAAACUACAGAACGUUUAGGUAAACAAACAACACUGUUAGGAAGGUUAUUGAAUCCAGGUUACAGACUAUUUUUAGUGAUGUAGAUCGUGGUUACAGGCGGAUAUUAAUAUUUAAUAGCUGAAAUUUCGUGUUUUAACAAUAUGGUAUACUAUUUCACCAGUACAAUUGUCUCUCCAUCUGUAACACUGUUCAUGGGAUUUGACAAGUAUGAAAAUGAAGAUCUUAUUAAAUGGGGUUGGCCAGAAGAUGUUUGGUUUCAUGUUGACAAAGUUUCCUCCGCUCAUGUGUAUCUAAGACUUAAAGAGGGACAGACUAUCGAUGACAUUCCUUCAGCUGUUUUAGAAGAUGCCGCCCAGCUUGUUAAAGCCAAUAGCAUCACCGGGAACAAAAUGAAUGAUGUUGAUAUUGGUAACCACCGAGAAGACGGAGAUGAGGAUGACCCAGAGAAUGAUGGAUGCAUGAAGUGGAAGUGGAGAUGGCUGGCCAGGUUCUUCAGGAUGGAGAUUGGUUUGUCCACGACCUCUGGAGUUCGAAAGAUCAGGGUAGCCAAAAGAGUCAAUGAAAUUGUCAAUAGACUGAAUAAAACUAAGAAAGAAGAACAUCCUGAUUUAAGAGCCGAAAGAGAAGCGCGUGAUGCCCGAGAAAGGGAAGAUAAAAAACGAUUACAAAGGGAACUUAAGGAAAAACAAAAAGAAGAAGAGCGGAGAAAGCUAGAAGAAGCUGAAUUAAGGAGUUACAGCACCCUGAUGAAACCAGAAAAUAUGAAAUCAAAUAAAAGUAACGAUGGCAAUGAUUCUGAUGAUUUUAUGUGACUCAUAAAAAAUUAUUUUCUUAAAAAAUAUUAUGAUUUUUUUUUUCAUCAUCCCCACUUCUCACUGAUCUUACAAAAAUUUAGAAAAAAGUUAACCAGUAAAUCAAAUACACAUAGCACUUCGUAUUAUUAAUUUGUCAACAAAAAUUGAAUUUCCUCAAGGACAAAAUAAAACAAGUCAUUCUCACUAAUAA